GAAUAGGGAGGUGGUAAGGCUUUCGGGUGGUUCUCUUAGGGAGCUUUUGCUCAUCAGGGAAGUUUCUUUUCUCAAUGAAAAUGAAAUAUUUUAUUUUCUCACCGUCCUUGGUGAUAGUAAGCCAUUUGAAUGUUCCCCGUAAAAGGGCCGCAAGAACAAAAUAUUUCCUUUUCAAGUUGGUGGGCAGGUAGAGAGAAAAAAAAUCAGAAACAUGAAGAGCUCUGUGCCAUCCUACAGGGUAAUACAGCCGCAGCUUUCUUGCUUCAUCAGAUGCAUGAGGUAUGGCUACAGUUGGCAGCUAUAUAAAGAGAGCGUGUUGGAAAAUUGGGGUUAUUUUAGUCAAAAUGCCAUGAAAUGGAGGACAUGCACUUGUGUGUUUUUUCUCUUCAUUACCCCAUACAUGAUUUGCAUAUUAAUCCAUUCUGUGUUCAAGGGAACUCUCAAAGGUUUCGAUCAGACCAUCAACUUGAUUUUGGAUGAAAGUCAUGAAAGAGUGUUCAGUUCUUCACAAGGAGUGGAACAAGUUGUUUUAGGAUUGUACAUCGUAAGAGGAGACAAUGUUGCUGUAAUUGGAGAAAUUGAUGAAGAGACAGACUCUGCUCUUGACUUGGGGAACAUUCGAGCGGAACCUUUGAACUCAGUUGUACAUUGAAGGAAAUAAAGACAAGGAUAUACAUCUGGACAUCAUAAAUCUCAUUGCACAGAACUAUUUAUAAGCUGGUGUGGCUACUUUUUACAAGUUGUAUUUAAUGAACUGGAUAGUUUAUCAUUUUUUAUUUUGACAGUUACUGUUUGAUAUAUAAAUUAAAUUGUGCAUUUUACUAAAAGCAAUACUUGAUAUGUAUCCAGGGUAUCUAUUAAAGAGCACUUGGCUUUAAGGCA